CUUUGGCUGAGAUUCCUGCCUCGCAGGGGGGUUGGAAUAGAUGACCCUUAGGGCUCCCUCCCAUUGUAGGAUGAGCUUCCUUGCUUCCUGCAACCCCCUUUUCCCUGCAAGCUCUUCCUCCAGUUUCUGGCCAAGGGAGGGAGCAGAUCACAGACCAACCAAGAGCGUCCCCUCAAAAUGAGCAUCUCUGGGAUUGUGCAAUGCAGGAGAGAAAAGGCAGAGAGGACUGAGCAGGGUGGACUCGGCUUUGCAAGGGUUAAAGGGAACUGAGCUGCAUUCCUAGAGAGGACAGGAAGUAAGGGGGGCCAGGUCCUCCAGAGGAAAAGCCCCUCCCUCCCCUUCCUGCAAGGGGGGGUUGCUUUCCUCUGCUGCAAAUGCUGCAUUGUUCUCUUCCAAGGGGAUCUGGAUUUGCUAGAGCUUCUCAUUCAGACAGACAGAACUUGGCAGAAGACCAAAGGGUUCCUUCCCAUCUCUCAGAGGCUUCCUGAGAGCACAGAUGGAUGAGCGAGACACAGCUGGCCCUGGAACAGGAAGAGGCCAUGUCAUCCAAACUGGGAGCAGUGAGGGAUUCUUGGAAAACUCUGUGCAGAAGAUCCUGGGUGAGGAGGAUACCCACUGCUCAGAGGUGCAGAGCCAGCAGUUGAGGCAGUUCUGCUUCCAGGAAGCCAAAGGGCCCCGAGAGGUUUGCAGCCGACUCUACCACUUUGACUGUCAGUGGCUGAAGCCGGAAAGGCACACGAAAGCUGAGAUGGUGGACCUGGUGAUCUUGGAGCAGUUCCUGGCUGUCCUUCCACCAGAGAUGGAGAGCUGGGUGAGGGACUGUGGAGCGGAGACCAGUUCCCAGGCGGUGGCCCUGGCCGAAGGUUUCCUCCUGAGUCAGGCAGAGGAGAGAAAGCAGGAAGAGAAAAAGCAGAAAAGGGAUCAUUUUGCAGAAAUGGACCUGGAUUCCUGUGAGGCAGAGAGGCCUCCGUUGGACACCAGAGAGAGGCCACUGGGUGAAAGAAUGAUGCCGGCAAGACCUCCUGAUCCGCCUUUUCAUGGGGGCAGAAGGGAAGCAGUGGCUGUGGAACCAGAUCAGGUCAGGGGAAGCUGCCUUGUGGGGACAGAGGCCGAGGGAUGGAGCAAUGUCAUGGACUGGUUGGGCACAGAGGAAUGGUGGGAGGAAGCAGCCAGGGAACCAGGAAGGGAAGAUUGCUCUGAGCCCAAGGAGUGGAGGUGGAGGAAGGAUUGGCGGUCAGAGGGAGAAGCUUGGGAAGAGGAGGUGUCAGAAGCUGAAGGGGAAACAGCGCUUAGUGAGCUGGGAGACUCUGAGGCAGAAUGCAGUGCAGAAUCAGAGGCAGAAGAAGAAGGAGGCGAGUGGGAGAGGAAGGUUGAGAGGCAGAGGUGAGUCAGGAGAAGGAGGAGCCACGGGGGCUCCCUCUCCUUCUGCCAGAAUCCACCCUCCCUGCUUGUCUCUCAGAGCCAAGAGAGGUCUAACAUGGAGGAGUAAAGGCAGGCUGUACACUGGCACACUGUUCAAUUGCUUGCCAGAAACCCCAGAGAGGAGGGGACUUGGAAAGCUGUGGGGAGUUGGGGGACUUCACUCUCAGCAACUGCUUUUGUGGACGAAGAGGCUCAGGGAAUGAGCUGCUGUUCUCAUGAAGCCCGAAACUCAGCCAAGUAUGUGAACAUUGUGCUCUUGCUGAUAAAGAGUAAACUCCAGCUGUGAACUAUGGGAUUUCCUGCCCAGAUGACUCUGUGACACCAGCCUUCUGAAUGUUGACAGUAGGAUUCAUCUGUAGUUGCAGUUUUCAUGGAAUCCUAGAGUUGAAAGGGACCCCAAGGGUCAUCAAGUCCCACCCCCUGCAUUGCAGGAGUCUCAGCUAGAUCCUCCAAGACAGAUGGCCAUCCAAACUAGGCUUCUUGUAUUUCUAUAUUCAUCAAUGAAUGCUAAAAUAGGCUUCUAAGCAGCGGACAGACGAUAACAAAUAAUUUCCAGGAUUCACCUAGCCAGCCCUAUCUGCUGCAAAAUGGGGCCUGCCCCCCACUCCUCCCCCUCUCCAUGCCCCCAUGAACCCCUUGAAUUUCACUCUAGGGCAUUGGAAGGGAACCUCCCCAGAACAACUCAGGAGGAGAGGAGAAAGUGGAUCCUUUCAUCGGGGAAACUGGAAUGCUUGCGUAGGCAGAAAAACGUAAACAUAAGCUGGAGUACCACCUAUUUGCAAAAAGACGUAUACCCACACUUAAAAUGCAGAAUAAAAGAAUUCAAUUAAAGCGUUAAAAUAGGUACCCAUAAUUAAAAUGUGCAGCAAAGCAAUCCUAUUGAAAUAACACAGCAAUUAACAGGAAGAAAACCACAGAGCAUUGUGUAGCAGAUCAUAUUUCUGCUGUCUCAGAGGAGGACAUUUCCCUUUUUCUUUUAGGGUCCAGUGUGCUUUGAAGAUGUCGCUGUUCGUUUCACGGACGAGGAGUGGGAGUUGCUGGAUCCUGACCAGAGAGCUCUGCAUAAGGACGUCA